AUAUCUUCAGUCAUGGCCUUGGGAUUAAGGUGCUUACGCCUGGCCCAUCCUGCCUUUUACAACUCAUUUGCAGCCCUAACAAGACCUGUUUCAGAAGUUACAAUGAAGACAGUGAAUCAAAAACCAGGGUACCAUAGGCAAUUCCUAGCCUAUCCAGCGUUACCAAUCCGCCAUUUUGCUACCAAGAAAGCCAAAGCCAAAGGAAAAGGACAAUCCCAAACCAGAGUGAAUAUUAAUGCUUCUUUGGUUGAGGAUGUAAUCAACUUGGAAGCAGUGGAUGAAGAAAUGAAGUCUGUAACGGAAGCACUCAAAGAUAAUUUCAAUAAGACUCUCAACAUAAGGACCUCGCCAGGAUCCCUUGAUCAUAUCACUGUGUUAACUGAUGAUGGGAAGCUUGCUUUAAACCAGAUUGGCCAAAUCUCCAUGAAGCCACCACAGCUUAUUUUAGUGAACAUGACCAACUUCCCAGAGUGUACAGCUGCAGCUAUCAAGGCUAUAAGAGAAAGUGGAAUGAAUCUGAACCCAGAAGUGGAAGGGACGCUAAUUCGAGUGCCCAUUCCCAAAGUUACCAGAGAACACAGGGAAAUGCUGGUAAAACUGGCCAAACAGAACACCAACAAGGCCAAAGAAUCUUUAAGGAAGAUUCGUACCAAUGCAAUGAAUAAGCUGAAGAAAUCCAAGAACACAGUCUCAGAGGAUACCAUUAGACUCAUAGAGAAACAGAUCAGUCAAAUGGCUGACGACACAGUUGCAGAGCUGGACCGGAACCUGGCGGUGAAGACCAAAGAACUCAUUGGGUGAAAAUCCACAGAGUCCAG